AUGUUUGGGGGCUUCGGAAGUUCGCAACAACCACAGAAUCCUCAACAGGGACAGCCGCAACAAUCGUUGUUUGGGGGUAGCACUGGGUUUGGAAGCUUUGGUGCACCUUCGUCAGCACCUGGUACUGGAGGGUUUGGCACUAGUGGCGGUUUUGGAACAACCCCUAGCACUGGUUCAAGUACAACGCCUUCGUUCGGAUUUGGUGCCGCGAGUACGGCACAGCCCGCUGGUGGCAGUUUAUUUGGUGGUGGAAAUGCAUUUGGAACAUUAGGAAGCACCUCAUCAACAGCAGUCGUUCCUGCUACAGGAACAGCUAAUCCACCAUAUGCUCCGACCACUGAAAAAGAUGCACCGGGGGGUGUUACAAAUAAUUUUCAUAGUAUAAGUGCUAUGACUGCAUAUAAAAGCUUCUCGUUUGAGGAAUUACGAGUUAAAGAUUACGAAUUAGGCAGAAAACCAAAUGUCUCGGCCGCUACAAAUGUACUAGGAACAACUGGUGUUAGCACUUUCGGUGCUGCUCCUACAACAUCCACAACGCCGGGAGGAUUUGGUGCAUCAACAACUACUCCAGCAUUUGGUGCUUCUACUACCACUACUACACCAGCAUUUGGAGCCUCCACUACCACACCUGCAUUUGGGGCUGGUACUGGUUUCGGUGCUUCAAGCACAACAACGGGAUUUGGUGCUAAACCAACUACUGGAUUUGGAGGUUUUGGUGCUGCUACAAGUUCAACAUUUGGAACGACCGGCACUACUGGAACUACUGGUGGAAGUUUAUUUGGUAGCACACAACCCAAACCUGCUACAGGGGGAUUCGGUUCUACCGGUGGUGGUACCACAGGAUUUGGUGGUCUUGGUGGUGGACUUACCACUGGUUUAGGUUCGAGUACUCAACCAACAGUAGGAGCAGGUGGAAGUAGUUUUUUUGGUUCUACAUCUACAGCUGGAGGAGCUCCCUCAUUAUUCGGAACAAAACCUGCUACGACGACAACAAAUAGCCUCACUGCGAGUCCUUUCUCACAGCCAUCUACCACCACUGGAACAACAAGCACUGGAUUCGGAACUGGUUUUGGGUUUGGAGCCCAAAAACCUGCUACUGGUGGAUUAUUUUCGACUACUCCUUCGACACCUGGUAACGUAUUUGGUGGUUUUGGUACUACUACACAGCCAACAACAGGAACUGGUACUACAGGAACCGGAUUUACAGGCUUCGGGACUUCUACAUCUAAACCCCCGACUUUUAGCGGUCUCGGAACUCAAACAGGUGGUACAACGGGUCAAACGACAACUGCACCUGCAAGUGGUGGUCUCUUCUCCAACCUGGGUUCCACUCAGCCAUCAACAACUAGCACCACCACUCCCUCCACCACAACAGGAAGCACAGGUUUUACAGGCUUUAAUUUUGCUAAUAAACCUGCUACUACAAGCACAUCAAGUGGAUUCAGUUUAUCAACACCUGCACCUGCUCUUGGCAUUGGAUCGACGUUUUCAUUGACUGGCACUUCUGGUGGCACACAGCCAGGGACUUCCCAAACUAGUACUUUCACACUUCAACCCCCAAAACCAUCUGGUACCGGUGUUGAACAAACUCCAUACGGUGCAAUGCCGUUAUUUAAUACAGCAAUGCCAACAGGGACUACAGCAGCCGCUGGGACACCUGCACCAACGGGAACACCAGUUUCCACUAUUCGUAAGAAACCCGCAACGCCUCAUUAUAAACAUUCACCACAACCUGCGUCUAGACUCAAACCUCGAGUUUUUACACCUGCCGCACAUGGAACCCUAACAACGCCAGUUAGUAGAACACCUCUUCAUAUUUUUGACGGUUUGAGUAAGCCCGAAGCAUUAAAAGCAGAUGCUUUCGUACGUAAACCGAAAGGAUUAGUCAUUGAUAAUAAUAAAGUGCCCGAAAUCGGAUUGAUGGGUACAUCGAAAGCUGGCGAGUCGACAACAAUUGGAACUAUUACAAAUGGAUCAGGAAUUUUUAAAACACCGGAACCUAAAGCUGGUCCAUCGAAAUCUCCAUUUAAAUCUCCAUUUGAAACUGGAUUUGACUCGUUUAAUAAAUUGGGUGAACCUUCAAAAUCUGCAACACCAAUUAAAACUCCAACACACACUCCCAUAAAAACACCUACACCUAGAUUACUUUCACAACAAACCCCCGACCAGUUUUUAUCUGAAACACCGACACCCUCACCUAUCGCCCCCCGAAAAAAUGAAGACUUAAAACAUGUUAGCCAUUUUCAAGUUGGAAGAAUUGGCCACGGCCAAGUUUCUUUCGAUAAUGAAGUUGACCUAAGUUCAAUACCGCUCGAACUGAUUCCAGGGAAAAUAGUGCAAUUUGUCGAUCGAACCUGUAUUGUAUAUCAGGAUGGCUGUGGAGUAGAGAAACCCCCAGUGGGUCAAGGACUUAAUCGUCCGGCUAAAAUAACGAUUCAGGAAUGUUGGGCUUUGGACAAAAGUACCCGGAAGCCAAUCACUGACCCGAAUGAUCCAAGAUUUAGACAACGAAUUAAUAGACUUAAAGCAACGCCAGAGACUACAUUUAUUGAUUUCUUUGCGGAUACCGGUUCUUGGCUUUUCCAUGUCCGACACUUUAGCAAGUAUGGCUUGGAAUUGGAUAGCGAAGACGAAUAUGAAGAACGUGAAUUUAAACCAUAUAGUGCUACACCCAUAUCUCAAGCAAAAAACGAUGAAAAUACGCCUUUUUCUACACCAUCUAAUAAAGAUACACUCAAAAAAACAACCACGCCAGCAAAAGCAUUUUCCGAAACUUUACGGCUCGAUCCCAAUCGAGUUUAUCAAAUGACCAAUACAUUGUUUCCGAGUUCGAGUGACAAACAGAAUGUUAUUGGCGUCCCUGACUUUUAUAGUCCGAGCCUCAAUGGAUUUGGAAAAAGAAAUAUUGAUACGAGUCUCGAAAUGGAAAUUGAACCAGUGCCAGAUUUGAGUGAGGAGGUGGAGAACCGAAAAUCAUUCGCGACAAUACCUCCACCUAUUCCACAAACGCAAUCCAUUUUUCGGGGUAGACCAGCAAAGUUUAGGCGGAUAAAUUACUCCGAAUCAAUAUCAUACCAAAAAGAUGGAUUAGUAACAGAUGCAGGCCUCGCAAUGUCAAGAUCUUUUCGAGUGGGAUGGGGUCCUAAUGGCACGUUUGUGCAUUGUGGUGCUGUCUGCGGAAUAAAUACACUUAAAUGGAGGAAAGAAUCUUCAUUAUUAUUGAAAGAUACUGAAACUGGAUUACCGACUACCAUAUAUUUCGAAAAGUUAAAAAUGUUUGCUGAUCCCGAUGAGGAACGGGUAAAAGAACGUCACACUCUAAUGUUGAAAUCACUUUUACAAAACUCAACAGUUUCUCGCGAUAAAAAUGGAAUACCAUACGUCAGCACUAACGCUAAUCAUACGUAUUCAGUUAUCGCGAAAAUAACAAAAGAUAAAGUGUUUACGGAUCACGAAAGGUCUCUUUGGAGAUUAGCGCAAAUUUUAUUCGAUGAUCCUAACAUUGAUAAGUUAAAAAAAUUUGAGGAUGAUCCGGAUCGGAAAGAAGUAGAAAUUCAGAAAUAUCGUAAAAAAGGAAUAUCAGAAUGGCUGGAAGCAAUUGUCAAAAAAAAGGCUGAAGCGCGUGUUAAUGAAUGUAUUGCCAAACAAGAUACAUAUGGGACAAUUAUUGCCUACCUUAGUCAACAUCAAAUAGGACAAGCUGCACUUAAGGCCGUGCAAAAUCGCGAUUUGCAUUUGGCUACGUUAAUUCCACAAUUGUUAUCCUGUGAUACACAAUUCAGAUACCUUAUUGAACAGCAACUGAAUCAUUGGGAAACUACCGGUGCAAUUAAUCAUAUAUCGAAUGAAUAUUUGAAUGUUUAUCAGAUUUUAGCUUGCCAUAUCUUGGAGGUAAACGUGAGCCAAAAAUUAGAUUGGAAAAGAUCACUAGCGAUGCACAUAUGGUACGGGUCACCAAUUGAGACUGAAUUUAAGGAAGUAUUUGAUCAAUAUGAUGAUUCAUUUCAAAAUGAAAAGGAACUUGCUUCCCCGACCGUCUGGUAUAAUGAAGAAAAAAGCAAUGAAAGGCUUUUAAUCUGGAAAAGUCUUUCUCCUGACAAUGAUGAUCAAAAACAGGAGAUGUAUGAUGUUUUAUAUCAUCUACUCAAGCUUUUCGUGGAACCUACUUAUCCUCCUGAGAAUAUAUUGUUUCCACAAUCUAUAACUCCAUCUCCAAUCGAUUAUCGUGUAUCUUGGUUUCUUUAUCUCUUGCUAACACGUCCUACCGAAGAAGACGAUAUAUUAGGAAAUGAGACUUUGUUUAACUAUGUGACUUAUAGUUUUAUGUCGCAGCUUGAACGAUUAGGAUUAUGGCAUUGGGCAUUAUUUGUGGGCUUACAUUUCAAGGAUGGAAAGAUUCGAGAACGCAUAAUCAAAGAUCUAUUAACACGUUAUUGGCCGUUAACGAAGAAAAAUCAAAAAGAUUCAGACGAUUCCGCUGUGGUAGAAAUUCAAGAUUUCUUAAUUAAUCAUUUGAAAUUGAAUGAAAGCGAAAUUGCCAUGGCUAAGGUUCUUGAAGCCAAAUACCAUGGGAAUACUUACAUGGAAGCUCAACAUUAUUUGAAAGUUGGUUUGCAUGCAAUAGGACAUGAUUUGAUUAUCAAAGAAUUUGCGCCUGAAGCAAUCCUUCACGAAAAAUACGAAAUUCUAUAUGAAUUCCUUAAACAAGUUGAUUCGUCAGCAGUACCCAAUUGGAGUUCUGGUGGCGCGCUAUACCUGAACAUAAUUGACCUGAUGAACAAUUCCGUUGAAAAAUCAUCCGAGGCUGAAAUUCAAGAGUUCGAUAAGGAUGAACUUAAUAGGAUCUGUCAUAGGGUAUUAAAUGUGCUCGAGACUAUACAACCGGAGAAUCGGUUACAAGAACGUUGCUUUGCAUCUGUAGAGAUGAGGGCGCAAGAAAUUAUAAAAACACUUGAUAAAGCAUUACGUCAUGAUUCAAU